AGCAUAAACCACGUUGGGUGCUGUCGUUACGUAUUUUAGAGAUUUUUAAUAGUUUCAACAGAGUUUAUUUUGCUUUUAUAGUGAUUUUAUGAUUUUUAAACUCAAUUUAUAAAUGUUACAGUUUAGCAGUUAACUUUCCGUGGUCGUAAUUAAGAGCGAGAAUGGAUCAUUACAGGGUACCGAUAAUAGCAGACUGUGAAGAGCUACUGGGUCGUUUUCAGGCGUCCGAGUCGGUUCGCUACGAGCAGUUUCUUGCUGUCUGGAAAGACAUGGACUUCAGCAGCAUCUUCCACAGUAAACCGGAGCCGAAAGAGAGAAGAGACUUUGCUCGGAUGGUGCUGUCUGUGGUAUCUCCAUACCUUUUUCCUCCUUACACCUUCCAGAUCAAAGUGGGUGGACUUUAUCUGCUCUACGGGCUCUUCAACACACAGCUAUGCACUCCCAAAGAAAAGAUCCGCGUGGCUCUGAAGGACUGGCAGGAUGUUAUGCAGUUCCAGCAGGAUGCAGUGAACGCUCUGCAUUAUGAUGUGGUUUAUAUCCUCAGAAAACUCUUGUCAGAAAAAGCUUUCCACUUCACGGCCAUGCCAACAGUGCUCUUUUGCAGGAUGAGGAGGGAAGAUGGAAGGGGAAGGAAAUUAUGUGAAGAGUUUGUUGAUCCACCAUCACGACCUCAGGAUUUUGCCACUACAGACAUGCUAGAGGAACUUUCCAAUGUUCACGAGCAUUAUGAGAAUCUGAAGAAAGACGUUUUCACAGAACCAGAUCCAAACCUCAACCUUGUCCAACAAAACCUGGUUCCUAAACUAAGCUGCGCCCUCCUCACCCAUUCCAACUGGCAGAAGAAUCAUGCAGACUUUGAGAAGCAGGAUGCUGGAGAGGGUCCUUCAAAUGAAGAAAGUUCCCACAGAGCCCAGCUGUUAGCGUCAAUCAAAUCUAAAUCUUAUGGACAGGUUAUGGAGGCCUCCAAAUCCCGGCGUCACAGACAGGCACUGUUGGUCCCAGCAGCUGACGCUGACCUUGCAUGUAAAACAUCACCAAAAAAUAAGAAAACCCCAUCACUUAAAAUGCGGACCCAAAUACUCUUAAAUAUUCAAGGAAACAAGAGUGAGGGGUUGACGAAAGCCACACGGCUGUGGUGUUUGAGUGCAGUGAAAGAGGAGAGUGCCACAGGAAAAAAGAAGAGAAAAUUCAACUGGAAUGCUGAAGAAAGAGAGUGACACCACGUAGCAUAAAACAUCACCCGCUGGACUGGCCAUGACUGUUUCUCCCAUUCUUCUUUGCAGGACCUCUCAAGCUCCAUCAGGUUGGAUGGGGAGCGUCGGUGCACAGCCAUUUUCAGAUCUCUCCAGAAAUGUUCAAGUCUGGGCUCUGGCUGGGCCACUCAAGGACAUUCACAGAGUUGUCCCGUCGCCACACCUUUGUUAUCUUGGCUGUGUGCUAAGGGUCAUUGUCCUGUUGAAGAUGAACCUUCGCCCCAGUCUGAGGUCCAGUCCGCUCUGGAGCAGGUUUUCAUCAAGGAUGUCUCUGUACACUGCUGCAUUAAUCUUUCCCUUGAUCCUGACUAGUCUCCCAGUUCCUGCCGCUGAAAAACAUCCCCACAUCAUGAUGCUGCCACCACCGUGCUUCACUGUAGGGAUGGUAUUGGCCAGGUGAUGAGGUUUCCUCCAGACAUGAUGCUUGCCAUUCAGGCCAAAGAGAUCAAUCUUUGUUCAUCAGACCAGAGAAUUUUGUUUCUCAUGGCCUGAGAGUCCUUCAGGUGCCUUUUGGCAAACUCCAGAUGGGCUGCCAUGUGCCUUUUACUGAGGAGUGGCUUCCGUCUGGCCGCUCUACCAUACAGGCCUCAUAGGUGGAGUGCUGCAGAGAUGGUUUUUCUUCUGGAAGUUUCUCCUCUCUCCACAGAGAAACGCUGGAGCUCUGUCAGAGUGACCAUCGGGUUCAUGGUCACCUCCGUGACUAAGGCCCUUCUCGCCCGAUCGCUCAGUUUGGCUGGACGUGCUCUAGGAAGAGUCCCGGUGGUGCCAAGCUUCCAUUUAUGGAUGAUGGAUGCCACUGUGCUCAUUGGUACCUUCAAUGCUGCAGAAAUUUUUCUGUACCCUUCCCCAGAUUUGUGCCUCGAUACAAUCCUGUCUCGGAGGUCAACAGACAAUUCCUUGGACUUUAUGGCUUGGUUUGUGCUCUGACAUGCACUGUUAACUGUGGGACCUUAUAUAGACAGGUGUGUACCUUUCCAAAUCAUGUCCAAUCAACUGAAUUUACUACAGGUGGACUCCAAGUUGUAGAAACAUCUCAAGAAUGAUCAGUGGAAACAGGAUGCACCUGAGCUCAAUUUUGAGUGUCAUGACAAAGGCUCUGAAUACUUAUGUACAUGUGAUUUUUUUUCAUUUUUUUUUUUUCAUUUUUUUUUAAAAUAAAUUUGCAAAGAUUUCAAACAAACAUCUUUCACAUUGUCCAUGUUAGUUUCAUACAUUUUUGAAAAAAAAAAAAAAAAAAGCAUUUGUCAUUUUGUGUAACCAAGUGAAAGCUAUUAAAAUACUUUCCAUGCUCCUUAAAUAUGUGUGAGUGAUCGUAAGGUGCACAUUCAAAUAUGUUUUAAAGGCAUGUAACAGGGUGGGGCCCUGAUACACACCCGGCCCUUAAUCAGUCUAAUCAAGCCUCUGAGAGGGAUAAAGGACGACUGGAGAUUGCAGUGGGACAGAGAGAGAGAUUUUUGGGCAGCUGUCUGACACUUUGUGUGUUUGUCUUUUUGGUUUCAGUUCUUCAUUAAAAUAUUUUUAAUAUUGUCAAGCCGGUUCUUACUUUCUUCAUUCCAUUAGUACCUUUACAAGGUACAAAAUAUUUUUACAAAUAUGAUUUUUUUUUUCUUCACACGAUUCACACAUGGUUACUCCAUGUGCGAUGUGACCUUAACAAAAUAAGCUUUUUCUAUUAAAAUAGUAAAAAAUGUUUUAAACGGUCAUGAUGGUCUAAAGAUCUUUUAUGUUUUUUGUCAUGUGACUAUGUAUGCUGGUUACAACACUUAACCUGACUUUUGGUGGACAAAAUCU